CCCUCUUCAAGUCCCCCCCCUCCCUCCCCAACCAACCAACACAAAUUCUCGCCCCCUAAGUAGAGUUACCAACAAAGCAAACAACAAACUCAACCUCGCAACAAAACCCCCGUCUCGAACGAAAACUCCAUCCUCCUCACCACAACCUCACAACCUCCCACACAACACAAUGGUUACAACAAAACCCACCACCUCCUCCACCCCUACGGCCAACACUACCACAGCCAACACCACUAUGGCAAACACCACCGCCAACACAUCUUCCUCCUCGGGCUCCCUCUCUCCAUCCCCAUCCUCAAGCACCAUGGCUGCCCCCCCACAGCUGUCAUCCGCUAGUCGCCAGCGCAAGAAGCCUGGUCCAAAGCCGAAAACAGAGAGGCCCUCUCUGAUCAUCAAGCUCAAGGUGUCGGGAGAAAAUUUGUCGAGCGUCAUCAAGCCCGCUCCCGCCGAGCCCGUCACCGCGGUCGCCACACCGACCGGCUCCGAGCCGUCGCCGCAGCCCGACUCUGCCGCCGCCGAGACCCUCACCCCGGGCACGAAACGCAAGGGCGUGCCCGGGCCCAAGCCUGGCGUAAAGCGCUCAAGAACCUCCGGUGUCGCGCCGCUAAAGCCCGGCCGCAAGAAGGCGAAGCUCGACCCGAGCGCCCCGGCCAACCUCCUCUCCGUUGCGGGCUCCAAGCUCGGCCCGAAGGCAAACACCGGCGCGAUCAACGACAAGCUGCGCGCGCUCGACCGCAGCGGCAAGCCGUGCAAGCGGUGGACUAAGGCCGGCUUCCAGCUAAAGUCGUUCACUGGCAUCCAGUGGACCGUUCCCACCUGGGCGGCACCGAAGCAGCAGCAGCAGAUAGACGAAAACGGCACGGCCUCUGCCGCCCUCUCGGUCUCCGAGAACGCGUCGGUUACUACCGAGUCCCCGUCAUCCCAACCCUCCAGAUGUCCCCCGCGGGAAUCGCGGUAUAGAAAAGAGGAGGGGGGGGAUGAGAUUUGUAUACCUGUACUAUUAGCUUUACUUUUUUUUUCGUUUCUCUUUCUCUUUCUUCUUUCUUUAUUUUCCUAUGGGUUUGGUCCGGUCUGGUUUUACUAGGUGGGGUGUGGUGGCGUUUGCUGUGCUUGACUGGCUCUAAUUGUUUGAGCCCAUUUCCGUUUGCCUUUCUUCACCCCACUGGGGAACGAUGU